AUGUUCACAGUGACUCCUAAUGACUCUAAUUAUCGUCCGUGUCUCCUGCUUGCCCACAAGCCCAGCGGUGGCCAGGGUUGCCCUAGAGCCCCAGGUGUACUCAAGAGCUCCAGGGAUGCCCAGGUGUACCCAUACCCCAGGGAUGCCCUGGUGUGCCCAUACCCCAGGGGUGCCCUCGUGCCCCAGGUGUGCCCAUACUCCAGGGGUGCCCUCGUGCCCCAGGUGUGCCCAUACCCCAGGGGUGCCCUCGUGCCCCUGGUGUGCCCAUACCCCAGAGGUGCCCUCGUGCCCCAGGUGUGCCCAUACCCCAGGGGUGCCCUCGUGCCCCAGGUGUGCCCUCGUUCCCCAGGUGUGCCCUCGUUCCCCAGGUGUGCCCUCGUGCCCCAGGUGUGCCCUCGUGCCCCAGGUGUGCCCUCGUGCCCCAGGAGUGCCCUCGUACCCCAGGUGUGCCCAUACCCCAGGUGUGCCCAUACCCCAGGGGUGCCCUCGUGCCCCAGGUGUGCCCAUACACCAGGUGUACUCUCGUGCCCCAGGUGUGCCCUCGUGCCCCAGGUGUGCCCUCGUGCCCCAGGUGUGCCCUCGUGCCCCAGGUGUGCCCUCGUGCCCCAGGUGUGCCCUCGUGCCCCAGGGGUGCCCUCGUGCCCCAGGGGUGCCCUCGUGCCCCAGGUGUGCCCAUACCCCAGAGGUGCCCUCGUGCCCCAGGUGUGCCCAUACCCCAGGGUGCCCUCGUGCCCCAGGUGUGCCCUCGUGCCCCAGGUGUGCCCUCGUGCCCCAGGUGUGCCCUCGUGCCCCAGGAGUGCCCUCGUACCCCAG